CUGGAAGACAAUGACGAGCUGAAUAGGUGUGACUGACCCGCAGCUAUUAUCUGGAAGGAAGACGGAUUGUACGGAAAGGUCAUGUGAGAGAUCAGGCAGCAUCGCAGGGGAGAGGAAGGUUGCAACAGUACACUGGCAACGACUGGUGACAUGGGCACAUUGGAAUAAUUUCUACAGUCAUGUCUUGGCUUAGAGGUACCUGGGAAUCCCUGAAUCUGCAGAAAACAGCCGCACGAUGCCUACGGUUACUCUGGUUGAUGAAAAUGCGGCGGCACAGGGUGUUCUUGCUGUGCACGGUGGGCCUGUGCGUCAUCUCCUUCCUCCACUACUACAAGGCCCUCCACUACGUCUCUCUGCUGCGUGAGCUCUCCGCCCCGUACCCCAACAUCAAAUCCUUCAUCAUGGUCACCGGAUUCUUCUGGAGGGAGAAAGGAGUGGCCACCACCCCACUCAGCCCCGCCUCCCCUGAAGAGGCCCCUCCUCUACCUGUUCUCCGUCAGUCGGACAGCAAAGCUAGAGCUGUGGCGGGUGCUAUGGGAGGAGAAGGAGGGGGAGGAGGAGGGAUGAAUCUGGGGAUUGGGGGGGUUGCUGUUGGAGGCCUUGGAAUCAUUGGCAGCGCAGGACUCGAGAUGAAGUUGAGGGAGGAGCCAGCGCCCCCUCACCCUUGGGAGAAACCAGAAGAAAACCAGCGGGGAGACAGUGCGAAUGAGGAAAGAGCAGAAGACCACUUAAAGCCGAGGAACCCGAGCCACCAAGCCCAACCUGCUGGGCCUGACCUCCCAGAGGUCCCAUCGCUGCGAAAAGAGCACCGGGUGGUGUUACGCAAGGACAAAUUUCCAGAUCCCUUAGAAUCCAUGGGAGACAUCCACAUUCGCACUCACCAGCUUCAAGAUGACAAAACCCCUUACUUUGUCCGAACCAAAGCUGGAGCCCUUUGCUUCAGGCAGGGGACAGAGGUAGCUACCCCAAAGGAGUACUCUGGGAAAUCCGGGGGGGCUGUGGCCAAUGGAGCCGGGGCUGCUGGGCAACGGAAACCUCUGGAGGUCCAGCAGCAGCCCUCCAUAGCUCCAAAAGCCAAGGCCAGGGCGAGGGGCAACGGGAAGCGGCUGGUCAAGUGUGUGUGCCGGCCGGGAUGGCACGGACCUUACUGUGGGGUUCCCACCAUGGUGUAUCACUCCAAUCUGCCUACCAAGGAGCGGCUGACGCCCAGAGAGACCCCGCGGAGGGUCAUCAAUGCCAUCAACGUUAACCACGAGUUUGACCUGCUGCAUGUACGCUUUCGUGAGCUUGCCCAAGCAGUUGAUCUGUUCCUCGUUUGUGAAUCAAACUUUACUGCCUAUGGAGAGAAACGGCCUCUGACUUUCCUGCGGCUCCUCCUCAAUGGUACAUACGACUACAUACGUCACAAAAUCCUGUACGUGUUCCUCGACCACUUCCCAGAAGGUGGUCGGCAGGAUGGCUGGAUCGCUGAUGACUACUUGCGUACCUUCCUGACACACAAUGGGAUGUCCAGGGUUGUAGGCGCAAGAUCGGAUGACGUCUUUGUUAUUAAUGACGCAGAUGAAAUCCCGGCACAUGAAGGCCUCCUUUUCCUUAAGCUGUUUGAUGGCUGGACAGAGCCUUUUGCCAUCCACAUGCGCAAGUCACUGUAUGGAUUUUUCUGGAAGCAGUUUGGCUCUCUAGAGGUGGUGUCAGGUUGCACGGUGGGGAUGUUCCGCGAUGUCUACGAUGGCGAUGGUAUAAAGCUCCGUCGUCGCGAAUACUACACCAUGCCGGGUUUCCGUAAGUAUGAGAACGACACAGGCCACAUCCUGGUGCAGUGGUCAGUGGGCAGCCCCUUCCACUUCGCCGGGUGGCACUGCUCCUGGUGCUUCACGCCCGAGGGGAUCUACUUCAAGCUGGUGUCAGCGCAGAACGGAGACUUCCCGCGGUGGGGCGACUAUGAGGACAAGCGUGACCUCAACUACAUCCGCGAUCUGAUCAGGACCGGGGGCUGGUUCGAUGGCUCCCUGCAGGAAUAUCCCCCUGUAGACCCCAAAGAACACAUGUACGCCCCUAAGUACAUGCUAGAGCACUAUGACAGGUACCGCUACCUCCUGGAGAACCCUUACAACAAAGCCUCCAGACUGAGUGAGGGCUAGGAGUUCAGCUAAGACAAAAAAGGUGAAAUAACUAGUAGGGCCUGAGUGAGGCUCUCAGCACUGAGUUUCGGGGGCGGAACUGUACUGAUGAACUACAUCUUUUAUUGAAGCGAUACUACAUGUAUCUCCACCAGGCAGCACUGAUGUUGCAGGGAUUUAAAAUCUCUUAAAAAUCAUUAUUUUGGGGUAAAAAAGGGAACACUGAAUCACAUCCAUCAUGAAUUUACGGAUCAUUGAGAGGAUACAACCACUGGAUAAACAGAAUCAUAGAUUUCUUCAUUCCUCCCUUUUUGGGGAAGAAGCCAAGCUAUCUGUCUUUUUGUCACCCCGGCCCUGUCCUCCUUUUCUUAACCCGAGCCAAUAUGCCUGCUGAGAGCAAGGGGCCGCUUCGAAGUAAAGAGAGGGAUAUUUUGUCGCCGUGUGAAACCUGUGGAGACAAACUUGGAAGUGAAGGAGUGUCUUUUGUUUCUGUCUGUGUUUACUAAAGUUUACAGACUGAUGUUCCUGCUUCACUCUCCACCAUCAGAUGUCUUCCUGUCAUAUUUGGUGACCUCCCUUCAGAAACAUACACACAGAUCUUACAUUAUUCUUGGGUCUCAGUAGAAAAUUAUGAAUCAUAUUUAAACCCCGCUGGAGUACCCACUGCCAAAUGAAAAGGAAUGACUCGAUGGAGAACUCAUUCGUGUGCUCACACUCAUCCACAUGCACCUUAGACCUGUAUGUGUGUUUGUAAAAGAAAGUGUGUGUGUUCUGUCUCUGUAUCAUAUUGCAAGGUUUGGGCUGUGAACAGAGGACAAGAUCAGUGAGAGGAAACUGAAAGUGAGAAAGAAUAAUCGGGGAAGAAAGAGCGAGAUGGGAAAACAGUGCAAGCGAGACAGAAAGGAGGAAAGAACAGAAUAAUGAGGGAGGAAGAGAGUGGUGAUGAGAAGGGAAAAAAGGAGGCUCUUUCAACGUUCCUUUUCCCACAACAUCUGCUGAUGUACGAGUGUUGCAGGGAUGAGUGUGCAGAAUGUGUGUGUCCCUCAGAGCUUACAGACAGCUCUGAAUAAAUCAUGCUCUGUCGAUGGCAUCCGAGACAGAUGAAACCUGCCGUUAUUGUUUGUCCGAUGAGAACAAUCGAGACCAGUUAGGGAAAGAUCACCCUUCAGUUGGGUUUCUCUGUCUAUCCAGCAGCUGAGAUGACUUUGUUUCCUUGGAAACUAAAGUAUGUGAAAAAGGAAAUGGGAUGGAUGUUGUUAAGAUGAGUGGGUGGGUUCACAUCAGGCUAGGAGCUGCAGCGAUCAGACGAGGUCAACGCCGACUAUAGGGCCCCUCGGAUAAAUAGUCCUCUUUCUCCUCAGUUGUCAAUCACCAACUCUCAGAAAAGGACUGUUCCUGUCAUCUUUUUUCUCUUUUUAUGCUGCUAAGUGUCUUUUUUUCCCCCUCUUUGGUGUUGGUUUCCUUAAUCCUCAUUAACAAGGCAAAUUUUUUAUAUUCUCUCAGUCUCUACACAUCCCCCUCUCUGUCAAAAAAAGUUAGAGGAAUCUCCAACUCUUCCUCUAACUUUCCUACACCCAAACCCAUGCACACACACACACACACACACACACACACACACACACACAAACACUGGCUCUCACACUCCAUUUUGGGUGUGUAUCGGUUUCCUUUUAAUCCUCACAAGAAAACGUAAAUAGGAGUGUAUUUAUCCUCUCUCUGCCUCAUUUCUCUGCCCCUGUCUCUACAGGACAGGACAGGGCACCCGUUACCAUGGUGAUACUUCUCCUGUGGCCACAGAUCACUAGGAUCUGAACAUUUAGGCAUGAGCACUCAUGCCUCUUGCCUUCUCACAUCCCUGCCGUGGUGUGGCUACAUGCUUAAAUCCCCACCCCGCAUGGAAUGUUGAAGAAGUUGGUGAUGUUGUGGACAAUUUGGUGAGCUGUGGGGUGUGUGUGAUGUGGGCUGAGGCCAGCGGCGUACUGGGUUAUGUUCUUGUCGAGGGCAAGGGAAUCAUAGCAACAAUGUUAACAAUGAGCAGUUAAGAAAAGAAAGAAGCUAAACAUGCAGCAUACAAAUACCAAUCAACAACAGUAAACUCAUUGAUUUUUUUCUUUUAAUUGUAGAUGACUGCAUCCACCAUCUGCUUCUUCAGUGCCUUUCUGGGCUUUACAGAUACUAUUUAAGCUGCUGAGGGGUGAGGAUGGGACAAAAAACCUGAAGGCACACAUUUGAUGUUGUAGCUUUAUUUUCACUUGGAAACAAGACUGCCACAGAAUGUCUCAAUACAAAUGCUUGAAAUCUUUUACUUGUUUCACCUUGCUUAAAGUGUCCUUGAGUCAGACCAUAAACUACAACCUACCCCCCUUAUCAUUUAGACCCUAAACCCUUAAAUGUACCCUGAAUGCCUCAGGUUAGAGACACAACCAGUAACAAAGCUGAGAUUUUUGCAAAAGUAGUGUGAGUAUAUCAGUCCACCACCAUGCUGGCUCUUCAUGACCGUGAGCUCAUGGUGGGAAAAGCAGAUUAGGCCGCUGACAGUUGUGUCGGGUCUGUGCUGGUGCCUCCAUGGCAGCACAGUCUGCGGUAGCAGCUGUUAGGGGUUUGGUGUUGGGAGCCAAACUCCCAUCCAACCCUAGAGGGGCAGCAGAGAAACGAGCUUUAAAUAGGAUUUGACAUUAGACGAUAGGAGGAGACAACAACAAUACUGAACGUGAUGCUUCUUAUGCUAAAUUAGAUUUUCUGCCUUUUGAAAAGGUAAUGAUUGAUGGAACAAAAAUGAAGCAGAAUGAGAAUUUGAAAGGGAGGUGGGCAACUUGAGUCAUAUUUUAGAGAUGUUAAAUCAGGAACUCAGGCAGUUAUCUGAAAUGGAUGCUUGUGGACCAGUUUAGAUUAAAUCGCUUUGUUUUAUCUGCUCUUUUUUGGGCAGUUUUGUUGCUGUGGAAGUUUAAAAAAUGUUACAGAACAACCCCUCCUGAAUUAAUGUAAUAAAAUAGCAAAAAUAGCAUUGAUGACUGUUUUAUGGUGUCAGCACUUGGCAUGGCACUGAUCAAAGUAUCUAAUUUCAUGGUACCAAAAACAAACAACACUUGCCUCUGACUUCAAUGCCUUAAACCACAACCAUGUGCAGACUCUUUCCGUCUGUCUGGUGAAAAAGUCCAUCCUCUCAUUUACACGCCACCACAUGCAAAAGACAAGAAGUUUGUGCUCUAAAGCUAAACGUCAUCUCAGAAAUGUGACCACAGGAGUGUCUGUUCAAUCCUAUCUGGGGUUGGGGUGUGUGUUUAAGCCCUGCCAAGAGGCAUUUAACCAGAGUUAACUCCCAACUCUCAGCCCUCUGCAAACAGGCUGCACAUCUGGUGAACUGUGCGUGUGUGUGUGUUUGCAUAACUGUAUGUAUGCACUUUUAAAAUAAUUUAUGUGUGUGCGACAGAUAGUGACUCAUGCCAGAUAAGGGUGUCUAGCAUGCUGAAAGACAAGCCAGGGUUACUUCACUCGGCCUCUUGCCCUGUUAUUGCCAUGGCAACGAUCCUCUUGAUGAAUUCCUGAGAUCUCUAACAGCCUGAGGUCAUCAACCAAUAGAGGAAACCAAGAGGAUAAGAGGUGAGGGAGAGCUGAGGCAGGAUAAUCGGAGAAAUAACAAAACUGUUUUACAACCUGACCUGAGUAAAAAAUGGCAAAACCUCUCAUUGCUUAGUCGUUUUCGGUAAAUGUCACAGCACUGCCGAGCUGAGACUAGUGACACACACACACACACGCAGUAUGUACACCAAUAACCAGCACACACCUCUCUCUGUUUGUUAUUGUUUUUCAUUUAUUUGGCUGACUCAUCACAGCAAGCAGACAAUUUGCAUGAGGAGCAGAAAAGGUAGACAGAAAAAUACUUAGAAAACAUGAGUGGGCCAUAUUUUUUGCACUAAGCAAAGAGAAGAAAAGAAUAAAAUAAAGGGAGAGCCCUGUUUCAAACAAAGCGUAGGCUUGAUGAAUGGAGACUCAAAUCCAAAAAGAGACAUUUCGGAAAUAAUCCCUCCACCUCUGUUCUCAGUGACAGUCUUAUUGGAUGAAGUGUGGUUGUGACACGUGGAGAGGAGGGAGGUAAUAAGCUUGACCGAACGGCUUUGAUUUUUCACUUCGAUGAGGCAAAAGUCAUCGCGGAGAUGAAAUGAAAACCGUCCAAAUGAAGGGAGCAGCUCAUCAUCCCUGUAAAAGGAAAUCUAUAAACCAGUGACAGUUAAAGUGAAAACGAGUCUGUGAUGCUGAACAAUUGAAGCGGUGUGUGUACACCGCCUCACUGGGCUUAUAAUGGAUUUAAAGUGUUUGAUAUCCAAAAAGGAGGGGCUGUGUCUUGCUCAAGGGCACUUUGGCAGACUGUGGCCACUCAGCAGAUGUUAUAGGACUUAAACAAACCUGUGACAUUUAAGUUACUGGACAGUGUCAGAGUGCCUGGUGUCAUUUUUCUCAUGAUCCAUCAUAAAAUCAAUAGAGCAAUAACAUAUGGGAAAGGAAAUGAGCAGCCUGUAACCACAACAUACUGUGAGAAUUUCACCUUAUUUACAGUAUUUGAACCUUUUGUCAAACGUUUACUGAAGAUACUGACUUUUAACCUUUUUAAUCAGGUUUUCUCAGACUCUCCGCAAACAAAUAAUCUGCAAUGAACAUUGCUGCUUGCUUCAGGUGUUUGGGACAGAGCGAAUAAAUGAACUGUAAAAGGCAAAACUGUAACCAAGAUGGAGCGAUGCCACUGCAGACAUGUUUAGAAUUGCGUUGCUAGGAAACAGCUGGGCGCCAUCUUUAUUUCCUUUCAGUUAUUGAUAUUAGCAACAGUAAACAAACUUGGACCCAUUGGGAAGGUUGAUGUUCUGGAGUGGUCUAAGCUGAGGAUGUAAGUGCUGUCAGAGGAUGUUUUCUAAAGAAAUAUUUACAUUUUUCUCAGUGCAGGUUGUCUUCAUAUACUUUAGUAUAUCAGGCCACUGUCAGUAAGUAGUUCAGUCAGUUUUUCCUGACUUUUGCUUAAACAUAUUCUCCUUAAAAUGAUCAAUUUAUUGAGUUGUUCAUGUGUUUUUGCACAUGAUUUAUGUAGCUAAAGGCAUUAAAGGGCACUCUAGUGAUUUGGUACUAUAUUUGCAUAAAUUUGAAGGACUCGCAAGAUGCAUUGAAAUACAAACGCAGAAGAAUUGGUGCAGCAGAGGUCAAAAUGUCCUCCAAAAAUCCUUCCCAUAAUGCAACUCUAUUGCAUCUCUUUGCUACACCUUCCCUGCCUGGUAAAUGUUCAAGUCUGUCAGACUCCAUGCCACCAGUUUAUAACACCGGCUUUCUGUUAGAAAUCGAAUACAUUUAUAAACUCUGAGCCCAAGAACACAAAGAACAAUUUUCUCAGGCUGAGUAGGACUCACCACAUAGGUAAACUGUGUAUGCGUAAAAUUGGUGAAGCGCCCCUUUCAUAUAUCCCAAGACUAGACACAGAAUAUCAUCCCCAAAAUCAGCAACGUCAGACUAAAAUGAUCCCCAUCAGCCCUCUCAACUGGUCCAACCCUCUUUUCAGCACGCACACUAACCAUCAACACAUGUUUUGUAGCAUUCAGCACGUGUGUGUAUCCCGUACAGAUGUGUGUCUCCAGGGCUGUGUUGCCCCACCACCACCACAAUCACCCCCCAUCUGUUGUUGUGCUUGCAGAGCGGCUGGCUGCCUGUCUACAGGGCUUACAUGUCUUCACGGCUCUGGCCCCCCGCCAGCCCUGUGGCUCCCACCGAUUGAUCUUUUCCAAGAAACAUUAGCGACAGGCAGGCCGGAAAUCAAGGAGGAGGGUGUGGGGGUUCAGAGAAAAGAGGGUCAUUUUACUUGCUUUCUUUCUUUUACUUUCUCUUUGUGGCCCAUACAUGGGUCAGGAAUGUGUGGAAAACUUUCGAAGAGUACAGAAAAGUGUAUUGUCUUGGUAUACAAAAGUUCCUUAGUUUUGACUCCUCAUCUUGUAUAUUUUAAGGUUUAAACCUGUGAAGAACUUCAUUUAUGGAACACUGUAGCUGAAUCACACUAAAUGCUUCAAAUAAAUGUAAGAAAUUUAAAUGUAUGCGUACACAAACAAGCAAUAAGCUAUUGCUUUAUAUUCUCACUGCUUAAAAUCAAGAAAUUAAGUUCUUGAAAAUGCGAUUUUGAAAUAGGAACCAGCACACGCCUCCGGUCAGGCCACAGUAACACAAAGCUGCUGCUGUUGUCAUCUUGGCUGUAAACAUGUUAUUAUUCUCUUUGUGCAAGCAAUGGAAAGCAUUUACAUUCCACAAGCUAAGCGAUCACAUUAACUCCGACAGCUGCAACGAUGUGUCACCACUGAUUGGAAAGUACUUGGUGUUACUUAACCACAAGCAUUGCCCAAAACAAGUGCACCCUUAUAACCUACUUUUUUGUGCUUGGUUGGACUUCAGGGCUGCAUUUGUUAGUAUUUGACUGAAACCAAUAAAUAGUAUUAUAGAUGUCAGUUCACCAAAUUACAAAACGCUUCACUCUAAUUCUACAGUAUCCAGGUUUGGUAUUAGCUGCCAAGAGUUUAUGAUAACCAUCUGUCCGAUUUCUGACGCCACCCCUAAACAUUUGAAGGAAAUGGAAUUUAUUCCAUAUUUUGUGUAUUUUACUUGGAAAUACUUUCUACCAAAGAAAUAGUCUCUAUGAUAACUUCUGAUAUUCAUAGUAAUGGAGACGUUCCUACGAAGAGAUGUUGCUGUUUUUUUAGGUUAUUUUGCAAAAUUGCAAAAAUCAUAAAAGAUGUUGUUUUCACUUUUAUUCGGGUGCAGGAAAAAAAACCUGAUUAAAUCAAACCAAACCUAUCUGCACGGCUAGAUACCACUGGUGAUAUUUGGUUGAACUAACCCUUGAAAAACAGGAAGCCUCACAAUGUUGGAUACUUCCACUGGGAACUAAAACCUUCCUUUUGUAUGUGGGUCUAUUUAUGAUAAUGAGUAAAUAAGUUGGGCGCGGCCCAGUUCUGUUCAGUAGAGCAGCCAACUUGUCUAAAAGUUGCAUGGACAAUAAUAUGCCCUAUCACACAUUGAAGCAGGCUCCAAUUUAGCAAAGAAAAAGAUCAAAUUAACAGCAGUUUAGAAGCAGUGUUGAAUAUUAAAUAGCGGAACCAUUUGGGAAGAUGACUGGGGAGCUCCUCCUCGUUUUUUUCUGAUGAAUGUGUCUGGUAUUUAUAACAGCAAAAUAGGAGAGGUGUGUGUUUGUGAGUCAGGACCCAUAACACGUCUGAAUGUGUUUCAGGACAGAUUGUUGGCUUUGGGGCGGGUACAGGAUGAGACUGGUCCAGGAGUCCAUAUGUUGUGACACCGCAGAUCAAAAAGAUAAAAGUCAGUGUGACGCUGCUGAGACAGAUGGACACAGUGACACAUACGCGCAUGAAAAACUGGCCAUGCAGGCAAGCCGACACCUGGCUGCGGAUCAAAUGCCGUCAGAAACUGGAGGGACGGGAUGAGUGUUGGUGUGUGAGAUUACUCUAUUUGGUCAAAAGUAUGCAGACAUGCAAGACACCUUGUCUCCAUCUGUGGGAAAUACUAAAGCCCCUGAAAAAAAUAAAAGUAUUUCUCUGUAUUAUUAAUUAUUUUUGACUAAAUAAGCAACAAUCAAAAUCUUUCAAAAAGGUAUUAUUUAUUAAGAAUUUGAAGGAAUAGUUAAAUAUGUUGGGUAAUAUCCCAGAAAGUUGCUGGUGUUGGCCAGGUUUUAACCUUUUGUAGAAAAGAUUAAACAAGAUACAAUGUGGUAAUUAAUUAGCCGUGGAGGUGCUGGUAGGUGAACAACUCUUAAUGUGCUUCAUUAGGACUGUGUGAGUGUGGUAUGGUCAGAUUUGACUGACAGUGACCAAAACUCCCACUGACAUUCAUCAAGUUCUGAUUCAACUGUUUCUACUUCAAACCAGUGGGGGGAAAAGAAAAAAAAACCAUAACUGUUAAAUAACCAAAUCUCAGAUGUGUGUUCAUGUAGGAUCCCAUCAUUCAUAGUAAGAAGCUGAUUGUGAACAUAUGUUUUCAAGGUCUUUAAUGCUGCAGCACACAGAGAUAUUUUAGAGUGCUUCUAACUUUGUGGUAACAGUUUGGGGAGGGUCCUUUCCUGUUUCAACAGGACAAGACCCCUGUGGCCAAAGUAAUGUCUAUAAAGAAAUGUUUUUCUUAGUUCAGUGUGAAAGAACUUGACAGUCCUGCACAGAGCUCUGACCUCAACCCCAUUUAACACCUUUGGGAUGAAUUAAUUAAUGCUCUUUGGGCUGAGUUAGAGAAAAGUGCUACAGCCAGGUUCCGAAAAAUCUUGUGGAAAGUCCCAAAAGAUUGGAGGCUAUUGUAGCAGCAGAUUAAUGCCCAUGGUUGCAGAAUGAGAUGUGCAACAAUCACAUAUGGGUAUCAUUUUAAGGUGUCUAUUUAACUCUUGACCACGUUGUGUGUGUGUGUGCGUGCGUGUGUGUGUGCGUGCACGUGUGUGUGUGUGCACGUGUGUGUGUGUGUGUAUGCGUGCGUGUGUGUGUGCGUGCACGCGUGUGUGUGUGUGUGCGUGCACGCGUGUGUGUGUGUGUGUGCGUGAUCUACUUUGUAACUUGAGCCUUACUGCAAUGCUCAGAAACUUGCUGUCCCUGAGCGGUCGACCUGAACUGAGACAGAGGCAGAGAAAAAGAGGGUGACGGGGUCAGAAAAUGGCAAAUUAAGGGAAGGGGAAGAGUGAGGAAAAGGGAGAGGGAGCCUCCAGAGGGGGUUUGAAUUCCGCGCAAUCACAAACAGAGACGGAGAUGGAAAGAGGGAGUGACUGAUCGUUAUAAUCACAGACUUUCCACAUGUAUCGUCUCCACCCUUUUCUCUUUGUUUUGUUUUGCACUUAUGCUUUUGUGUGAAGUCAAUCGAUGUCUUUCCUUUUGUUCUAAAAGUUUUAAUAUUGUUUUCAGUGGAAGUCUGAGAAGCAGAGAGGGAGGGUUUUUUUGGCCCUCUGUUUUUCUAUUUAACUUUGUUUUUGUACUUUUUUUGUAACUUCAUCCACUUGGCAGCUUGAUAUUUAAUGUCUUUUUAAGGCGGUGUGUGUGCGUAUGUGAAUGUGUGUGUGUGUGUGUGUGUGUGUGUGUGUGUGUGUGUGUGUGUGUGUGUGUGUGUGUGUGUGUGUGUGUGUGUGUGUGUGUGUGUGUGUGUGUGUGUGUGUGUGUGUGUGUGUGUGUGUGUGUGUGUGUGUGUGUGUGUGUGUGUGUGUGUGUAAGCUCAUAAGCACUGUCUCAGCCUACUGCUAGAAUAGACUUCCACUCCACCUCACAGGUCUUUUUACCUCCUUUGAUGCCCUAAAAGGGGACUUCAUACUGUGGCGGCCAUCUUGUUUUCUCUCUCUUAACAGUUUUGUUGUUUCCAUGGCAUCAUCUUUUCUCUAUGACCUUAACAGCAUCACAUAACCACUUGAUUUAUGAGUUGCUUUUUUGUUUGAAUAAUUUUAUGUUUAAACAGUUGUUUGUUUUCCUUUGGUUUUAGCAUUUUAUUCUUAAAUAAUUUUCCUACCUUCACACAUGGCAUGUGUAACACUCACAGAUAACUACAGCACGCACAUACACGCACACAAAGACACACAGAACAGCCUCUGUCUUUUUACUGUGGUCUGAUUGUGGCCAUGUCCUCUGUUGGUCAAACAGUCAGACCACUGUAGCUGCUCUGUUUGUGCCCUUGCUGUUAUGUGAUCGCUAUGAAGGCUUGCCAUUGUGUGACCAAAAACCAUUUUUGUCGUUGCUCAGCCACUUAGAACCGGUUUGGGCCAGAGCCCCGACCUGAGAGUAACCCAACUUACAGAAAGAAACUGCCAUUUUUGCCCCCAUCUUUUGUUUAAUGUUCUGUGUCUGUCUGACAGCAAACUGGUGCUGGUUUGAUGCUUUUUUGUGUUUCUGUUUUUUUCCCUCUUUUAUCACUGAUAUCCUGUUUUUUUUCCUCCAAAUACACAACAAUGUCAAACAACAACAAAAAAAAAAACAAACAGAAAAAAGAAAGAUUAUCUCUUUUGGAAAAAAAGCUUUUUAUUUGAGUUGCAUGCUGAAAUGCAUAUAGUACUUCUGCCUGUAAAACUAUGAAUUGCACCUUAUUGGAGGGAUGUGGUUUUGUUUUGUUUUUUUAAUGCGUACAUAAAUAUAUAUAUAUGGGGGAUGUAUCUGUUUAUUUGUUCAUGUUUUAUUUUGAUAAAAAGAUGUAACUGUUUGCUAGUCAGGCAAUGUAUUGUAUUUCAAACAGGGUUAUGGUUAUGAUUUUGCUUAUUAAUGCCAGGUUUCAUCAUUGAUUCAGUCACUGGUGUUUGUUGUGGGACGGCUUCAUUAAGCAGCAUCAGAAAAUUAGCCCAAGACUGAUGAACGGACAAAUGGAGAAAGAAUGGACACUGAUUAAAAAAACAUAUUUUUGAAUCCUAAGUCCAUAAAACUACAGCCUUUGUGAGCACAGACCUUCAAAUUAAGUGGACUUUGAAGAAGGAUACUUGCUACCUUAAAUCCUAAGUGUUAAUCCAAGAAAUUUGAUGGAAAGAAAUAUUGACAACAAAUCUACAAAACCCCUUUUUACAACAUGUUCCUCUUGUUUGUCCAGACUAAAAAAUUCUGUGAUUAAGACAAGUAUGACUGUCUGGCUAAUUACUGCUGCUUAGUGAAGCUUUGGCCACACACACACACACACACACACACACACACACACACACACACACACACACACACACACACUGGCCUGUCGUCACACUAGGAGGCAUCCUGCUUGUCCUCUCGCAUAUCACACAAACAACUUCCUCCGCCAUCCGUCCAUCUUGUCCUUGAAAAAGGACAAAUGACUAACUGACAAAAGACACCAUGAUGCUCAGACACACACAUUUUCACACACACAUCAACAAUACAGCCUUGGCAGAUGACUGGCACUAGGCAUGGUGCUGCCACCCGGUCUCAUGUCCCCGGGGCAGAGUGCUGUCUGCAGCCAAUUAACCAAGAGGGCUGGUUGCCAGGUCCAUAUCCAAUCUAAUCCUCUCCACCCUCCUGCCACGUUGCCAGAUUUGUCCCUCCACUCUUUACACAGCCUUUGUUGUGUUAAAAAAAAAGAAAAUAAGGUUUACAAUGUGAGCGGAAUAAUGAAAGUAGGUUAGAUGACUCGGUUUGGGUGUGUUUUUAUUGGACAAAAUCCUUGUGAAAGGGAGCUGGUUGCAGCACUUUGUCUGUGCUUUGUCAGCUGACCUAAAUGAGAUUGGAGGGAUUAGUCGAAAGUGGUCAUGCUUAGAAUUGUGGUUCAUCUUUUCACCAGUGCAAACACCUAACAUACAUAACAUACAAGAACACCCCAACCUAAAAACUCAAACCAGUCGUUGAGGCGUUUGUAAGAUGUUUGCAAAAGCUGUCAGGAGAGGAUGAAAGGCAAGGAAAUAUUUUUUUCCCUUUUUAUUUUUGACAUAUUGGUUAUAUAUGAGCAAACCCUAUUACAUAUUGUGACAUUGUACAAUAACACAACCUGAAACCCCUGCCUCCCUUGGUCCCCAUGCACUGAUAAUGAUUGUAUAUGGUCACAUAGUUUUAUUUUUUAUAUCAUCGUUGGGGCUUAAUUUUGUUUCUGGGGUCAUUUAUUUUGUGAUAUUAUUUUGAAAUGGUUUAAUGGGUCUCUGUAAUCGGUGUGCGGGAGAAUGUGUGUAUGUGUGAGAGAGUGUGUUUAUGUACUGUAGCUUAUGGAAUGUGUGUGUGUGUGUGUGUGUGUGUGUGUGUGUGUGUGUGUGUGUGUGUGUGUGUGUGUGUGUGUGUGUGUGAUAGAGAGGGAAGAGAAAAAGAUUGGGUGUGUUGUUUUGUGGCUCGGUGUUCAGCUCCCAGUCCACAUCAGCCCUUUGCCUGUGUUCAUCAUUGUGCCAGUGUGUUCAGGUGUUCCCUUGCCUCAACAUCCGUUCAUCCAAAUGAAAGAGAGAGAGAGAGAGAGAUGAAGAAGAAGAGGAAGAGGAGGAGGAGACAGAGGCAGAGGGCCUUUUCCCUCAGGGGAAAAAAAAACACAAAUGAGAAAAGAUACUUUUGAAAAAAGGGUAUUUUUCUCGUCUGCGGGGUCACAAAGAAGAGUGUAAAUUUCUAAGUUAAUUGAAAAUGAUGAAUAAAAAAACUCAUUUGUUCUCUAUAUGAAUGGCUGUAUGUUAACCAUGAACAAAAAGUAAUGAGUUCUAUGACAAAGACAUAUAAUAAAUUAAUUUUAAAAUUUU